ACAAACCAACGAACACCCAAAUUGAAAUUUGAAAAAGAAAAAAAAAAGGAAAAUGAGAAAUUUAUGGUUUGUUUCCUCUCAUUUAACUCGAAUCGAUAAAAUCCUUCGUCCAAAUCCGAGCAUUUCCUCUUCCAUACAAUCUUCGAGCAACGUUAACCUUGCUCCAACACGAAAUUAUUCCACCCCAUCACAAGAAUCCACCAAGCAAGAUCCUUCCGAAAAUCUAUCCAAAAUCGUCGAUGAACUCUCGGGUUUGACUCUACUCGAAGUCAUGGACUUGACCGAAGUCCUCCGCCAAAAAAUGGAUGUCAAAGAGAUGCCGAUAAUGGCAGUGAUGAUGCCCGGGAUGGGAUUCGUUGGGGCCAUGAAAGGAUCCGGGAAAGGUGGGGCUGCUGGUCCUGGGAAAGGGGAAGAUAAGAAGGAGGAAAAGAUGGUUUUUGAUGUGAAGCUCGAAGGGUUCGAUUCGGCGGCUAAGAUUAAGGUUAUUAAGGAAGUUAGAGAGUUUACAGAUUUGGGGUUGAAAGAAGCUAAAGAUUUGGUGGAAAAGGCGCCUACUCUGUUGAAGAAAGGGAUCACUAAAGAGGAAGCUGAGAAGAUUAUUCAGAAGAUGAAAGAGGUUGGAGCGAAAGUCUCCAUGGAGUAAGGUACGAGAAUUUUGGUUAACUUCGAUUCAUUCUUCAUUUUCUAUUACUUUGUUUUUUUAAGCGCUGAUAAUCUGAGUGAA